UUGAAAUAAAAUACUACAUACUGCUAAAUUCCACGUAUAAUAGUAAUGGUAAAAAAGUUGGUUUGUAUGGUUUGAAGUUAGGAGAAGUACAGUUUUAAAAAUAUCUUGAAUUAUGUUCUCGAGAUCGAAACGAUUUAAUAAUCAAGUGGAGAAAACACCAGCUCCUGGUCAGUAUGACAUAUCCAAAGGACCAUCUUCUCAUGGCAAUGCUGUGCUUUUUCCUAAAGACAAACGUUUUAAAGAACCAGGAACAACAUGUAGUGGAGAUUUAUUAGACAUCAGCAGCUGUAGUACAGCUAGCAUAAAAAGUUCUGGUUCAUUGAACACCGGGGUUUUCCUUACGCCGAGAAAGCCUUGUGGCAUGAGUAGUAAAGGUGAAAAAACCCACCAGACGUUGUCAAGCGAUGAACUUAGCAGACUAUCAAGAAAAAUCUCUGAGCUGGAACAUGAGAUUGAGAAACUUCAUGCAGAAAAUAAAUUGCUGCAAAAGUUGAAUGAUAGUGAUCUUAGCAUCGAUGAACGACAGGCGAUGGAAUCUAGCGUCGCUGCAUUAAAGGAGGAAGUGGAGGAACUAAGAAAACAGAUUGAGGGUGAAAUGGAAAGAAAUAAGGAACUGGUUUAUCAACAGAACAGCUACGAAUGCUCACUCAAAACCAUGCAGGCUGAUCUAGAAUUAGCGAAUAGCAAAGUAGCUGCAUUACAACAGCAGAUCGAUUCUUUAGAACAAAUGAACGCUGAUAUUACAGAAAGCAGAGAGGAGCUUGAGGAUCGGUGCACCCGACUUCGCGGGAUAAAUCUUGCCUUACAAGAAGAAAAAAUAGACUUUCAAGAACGCCUUGAGGACACUGAAACGAAAUGGAAGGGUGCCUGCGCGACUAAAGAAGAACUAUUAGAAAAAAGUUUGUUGUGCAAAGAACGACAUCAAUUAGAAAUCCAAACGCUGGAAAGAUCGCUAAAGGAAAAGCUAGAAAAUGUUGAAAAACUAACAGAGGAACGCAAAUCGCUUGACGAAACUGUCAAAUCGUACAAAAACAAGAUUGAACAUUUGAAAUCAGAGAUGGACGGAUCGAUAAGAAAUCAAAAGGAAACGAUAGGCAAGAUGAAGAUUGAAAAAGGAGUCUUGGUUGAUUCACUGGAGAAGCUUAAAAACGAGUACGAACAGACACAAGAGGAAAUCUUACGUCUGCAAGAAAUAAUAAAAAGAAAAGAGGAAGCAGGGAUUGAAAACCUCACGAGGUGCCAAAAUCUAGAGGACCAGAUAGCUGAAUUACAACGAAGUCAAACGGUGGAAUUGGAGUCAUUAGCUAAGGAAUUAAAACUGACUAAGAAUACUUUGAGGACACGGGAAGACGAAUUUGAAACUGUUAGUGUUGGUUUACAAGAAACGAGAACUCAGUACGAGAGUGUGUUACAAACUCGCCAAAAGCUGGAGGAAGAUUUAAAUGUUUUAAUACAAGAGAAAAGAAAUUUGGACAGUGAAUUUUUAGAAGCAACGAGAAUAAUACGUUUGCUUCGAGAAAACGAGCAAGAACAGAAAUCAAUUUCGGAGAGCCUUAUAACAAAACUGGACGUGUGUAGUUUGACAAUAACGCAUCAGGCAAAGAUGAAUACGGAGUAUCAGGAAACAAUUAAAGCAAACGGCAGAAAGGUGCAUGAUGUUCUUGAAAAUCUUCAAAAUAUGACAAAGAAAUGUGAAUCAUUAGAAAAUCAAUUCGCUCUUUCUCAACAAAGUCGAAAUGUUGAAAUUGUACAACUUGCAAAAGAAUUGGAAACGAGUGAAACACUAUUAAAGAAUAGAGAAAAACAGUAUGAGACGGUUAAUAAAGCCUUAGAGGAGACAAAAGGAGUCUACGAAGAUGAACAUCGCCAUCGUCUGCAACUAGAGCAUAAUUUGCAAGUUAUGACAAAGAACAAGAGUACACUUGACCUGCAGCUUACUGAAAAGCAGAGAAACGUUGAUGAACUCCGAAAGGCCGAAAAAGAGCAUAGAUCGACAGUUGAAAUUCUAAAGAAGAAAAUGAAAGAAUUGAAGGAAGAGAAUGAAGCAUCUCAAACUAUAUUGAUCCAGCAAAACAGAAACGAAAUCGAAAGAAUAAAAGAGGAGUUGUUGAGUGCCCAACACGAAAACAGGUCUCUUGCCGCUGCAGAGGAAAAAGCAAACAAACUUAAACAGGAAUUUGGAAGACGACUCAUAGACGCCCAAAAGAAUCUUUCUCAAAAGGAUAUCGAGUUAGAAAGUUACAAGAAUGAUAUUGACAAGUUACAUGCGAAAUAUGAAGGCCAAGACAGUUGGAAGCAAAAAUUUCAAGAGCUGGAAGAGAAGAUCGCACCAUUUCAGGAGCAGAUAGACGCUUAUGAAAUUGAGAAGCAAGCGUUGCUGAACAGAAACACUGAAUCACAAAGCGAGAUAGAGAAGUUAGGACAUCAAUAUGCAAGAUUGUUGGGUCAUCAAAAUCAAAAACAGAAAAUUCGUCAUGUACAAAAGUUGAAAGAUGAAAACGCAAGUUUAAAGAAGGAAGUGGCUAAGUUGCGAGAGGAAACAAAUAAGGAAAAGUAUGCCAGAAGGAAAUUGGAGGAAAAGCUUUCUAAAGCGACAGGAACUAGACGAUUUGAUCCGUCUCUUGCUUUUAAACAUAAUGGACUUGAAAACAAAGAAAACACCCCCCUGAAACAACGUCCACUCCAUGAGAACAUAUAAAGUUUAUAGCAUAAGUCAAUUUGUUCAUCGUGUUUUGCCUGAAGACGUUUUGGAUGAAACUACAGUUGCUAGUUGGGUAUAAAAAACUGUGUCUUAUUAUAAUUUGAUUAGCCAAUUAUGCCAACAGUUAUAUUUACGUUUGCGAUCGGGAAACCUUGAAGUUGGCAAAACCGUUUUUAACUUGAGAAACGCCGUUCACAUGCAGACUAAUAACAUGACAUGUUCAAACGUUGACAUCACAAGCUAUAUAGCUCAGUAGAGUUCUUAUAAAAACACGACACACAUAUUAUCAUGAAAGU